AUGGUCUUAGAUUGCUCAAACGCCAGUGCUCACCUUGCCUCGUACGCCAAGAAGGACGGACUCGACGUCCGUUCUUUGAUCGACUCUGCCAACUUCGGUGGCUUGACAUACAACGAUUUCCUCGUGUUGCCAGGCUUGAUCACCUUCCCCUCUUCUGCCGUGAAGUUGGAGUCCAAGUUGACCAAGAAAAUCACCUUGAAGUCUCCAUUUGUGUCCUCGCCCAUGGACACCGUCACGGAGGAGAACAUGGCGAUCCACAUGUCGUUGUUGGGAGGCAUUGGUAUCAUCCACCACAACUGUACUGCAGAUGAGCAGGCGGCGAUGGUGAGACUGGUGAAGAAAUACGAGAACGGGUUCAUCAGCGAUCCCAUUGUCGUGGGCCCUUCUGUCACGGUUGGUGAGAUCAAGGCCAUGAAGGAAAGGAUCGGAUUCUCGUCGUUCCCAGUUACCGAGAACGGAAAGGCCGGCGCCCGGCUCUUGGGAAUCGUCACGUCACGUGACGUGCAGUUCCACGAGGACGACUCUGCCACCGUCAGCCAAGUCAUGACCACGGACUUGAUCACCGGCAAGCAGGGCAUCACGUUGGCCGAGGGCAACGCGUUGUUGAGAUCGUCCAAAAAAGGCAAGUUGCCCAUCGUCGACGCCGAGGGCAACUUGGUGUCGUUGAUUUCGUUGACCGACUUACAGAAGAACCAGGACUACCCGGACGCGUCGAAGUCGUUCUCGUCCAAACAGUUGUUGUGCGGAGCCGCCAUCGGCACCAUUCCUGCCGACAGGGAGCGCUUGGACAAGUUGGUCGAGGCCGGCUUGGACGUGGUGGUGUUGGACUCGUCCAACGGCUCGUCGGUUUUCCAGAUCGACAUGCUCAAGUGGAUCAAGAGCAAGUACCCCGAUUUGCAGGUGAUUGCCGGAAACGUCGUGACCAGGGAGCAGGCCGCGGUGUUGAUCGAGGCCGGGGCCGACGGCUUGAGAAUCGGCAUGGGCUCGGGCUCCAUCUGCAUCACGCAGGAGGUCAUGGCCUGCGGCCGGCCCCAGGGUACCGCUGUGUUCAAUGUAUGUGAGUUUGCCAGUCAGUUUGGUGUGCCCUGCAUUGCCGACGGUGGCAUUGGAAACAUCGGCCACAUCACCAAGGCCUUGGCCUUGGGCGCCUCGUGCAUCAUGAUGGGAGGCUUGUUGGCCGGCACGUCCGAGACGCCGGGCGACUACUUCUACCGCGACGGCAAGAGGUUGAAGACCUACAGAGGCAUGGGCUCCAUCGACGCCAUGCAGCAGACGUCCACCAACGCCAACGCGUCGACGUCGCGGUACUUUUCCGAGGCCGACAAGGUGUUGGUGGCGCAGGGUGUGUCGGGGUCUGUCGUGGACAAGGGCUCCAUCACCAAGUUCGUUCCCUACUUGUACAACGGGUUGCAGCACUCGUUGCAGGACAUUGGUGUGCAGUCCGUGGAGCAGUUGAGAGAGAACGUGUACAGCGGCGAGGUGAGGUUCGAGUUCAGGACCGCCUCGGCGCAGUUGGAGGGCGGCGUGCACGGCUUGCACUCCUACGAGAAGAAGUUGCACAACUAG